UAUGGACAUCUUUUAGCCACGUCGGAUAGAGGUGUUUAAAAAAACAUUAAAAUUUAGGAAUGAACACUCAUCAGAUGGAUCAAAAUGCUAUCAAGUCCGUCAACUGUGCAUGAUUGGAUGCAAGCAAUACGUCGACCGACACCAUAUAGAGUUGGAAACGCCAAACUUCAUUUGAAAACCAGAACAGUUGCAUACUUCAUGCUGUUCACUGUUGCCUUUUUAAUCUUAAUUGUCAACAUUUUACCACAAAAUAGUUCUAAGGAAAAAUGUGACUGUUCAGUAGCAUAUGAUAACAGAUAUCCUCUUUCAAAACCCUACAUUACUGAGAAUGGGCUUACUUACAAAAUUGCCAUGGUCACAGAUUUAGAUACAGAAUCGAAAAGUAAAAAGAAAGAGAAUACCUGGCUAAGUUAUUUACAGACAGGAAAUUUAACCUUAAAAAGUGACCAUAGUAAAGUUACAGUUGUACUGGAUAAAAAACCAGUAACUCUGACUUCAAGUUUGUCUCAGGGUGGUCGAGGAAUGGAGUUGUCUGAGCUCGUGGUAUAUAAUGGAAAUCUCUAUUCUGUUGAUGAUAGAACUGGUAUAAUUUAUUUCAUUAAAAACAAUGCUGUUUAUCCAUGGGUUUUACUAGUGGAUGGCAAUGGAACAAGUCAUAAGGGAUUUAAGUGUGAAUGGGCAACAGUAAAACAUGGAAGGUUAUAUGUAGGUGGACUGGGUAAAGAGUGGACAUCUGCUGAAGGCAAGGUUCUUAACACCAAUCCACAAUGGGUGAAGUCAAUAGGACCAAAGGGGGAUGUAGAACACAUUGAUUGGAAACAUGUUUAUAACAAAAUCAGAAAAGUUUCUGGCUAUUCUUAUCCAGGUUACAUGAUUCAUGAAUCUGGGAUGUGGAGUGAUGUCCAUCAGCGCUGGUUUUUUCUUCCUCGUCGAGCCAGUGAACAAUCAUAUGAUGAAACAGCUGAUGAAAGUAGAGCUACAAACAUUUUAUUGUCGGCUAAUGAAGAUUUUACAGACGUAAAUUUCAAAUAUAUAGGAAAGAAACAGCUAACAAAAGGUUAUUCAUCAUUUAGAUUUAUUCCAUGGACAGACGAUAAAUUGAUAGUAGCACUGAAAUCUCAGGAGGUUUCAGGAAAAUUAGCCUCAUAUAUGACAGUUUUUACACUUACAGGUGAAAUUUUAUUACCUGAUAUAAAAAUAGGUGAUGUAAAAUAUGAAGGGAUAGAAUUUGUAUAGUAUUGUUCAUAAUUAGAUUCAUCUUUUUUUAAAUGAAAAGAUAGUACAUUUAAACCAAAUAACAAUAACACAUUGUAUAUUCACGUAUAAUGUGAUUGUAUUUCAUUCAAAUAUCCGACCAGAUAUUCAUCAAAACCAUUUAAUUUUUGUUAGUGAUAUUCUUUAGCUGCAUCUACAUUGUAUUUUUUUAUCACACAUUUUAGUCAGUUGUGGUAGUACACAAUGUAGUUGCAUGAAAGCAGCAUUAUAAAACUUUAAGUUAAAUGGCGAACUUAUAGAAUAUGUGUUUUGUGUUUUGACAUAUGAGCAUGUGCCACAGGUGGUUCUACUCAUUUGACAUGUUAAGAAGACAUCAACAACCUUUUUUAAAAUAAGAGCCAAAAAUAAGCAUGUACAAAAUAAACAAAAAGCAAGGAGGGGUUAUGGGUGGGGAAUGACGGAAUUUAAGUUCCACUUGAUGUUAUCUAGUCUUAAAUAACAAAUCUAAAUCUCAUAGGCUUUUAGAAGAUUGAUCUUUACAAUUAACAUUUGUUGCAUUUGAUGUUUUGACAAGAAUUUUUGUCAUUCUGAACUGAAAUUGGUAAGUCAAGAGAGCAUUGCACAUGGUAAUAAUCCUAAUAUAAAAAAAACAGUAAAGAGCUAUUUUGAUAUUUAUCAGUCCAAUAUAUUAACUGUGAUAGUUCUGCUGUAGUUAAAGGUUAUGUGAAAUUUUAGUUUUAUGAUAAAUAUUUUUUAAACACUGUUUUGAGUGCUGUUUAAGCCUUGUACAAAUCCUUUUUAGUUAAAGAAUGUAUAUUAUAUGACUGCAUUGGUCAUACUAGAUUUACUCUCCAUAAAACAGUAGAGGAAAUGGUAAUAUAUUUUUCGUAAAAAAAAAUGAAACAUAUACAGCAAAAUGUAAUCUAUGUUUAAGUCUUAAAAAACAAUUAGCAUUUUGCUACUUUUAAUUUUAGUAAAAGAAACAUGUUAUUGACAUUAUUUUUCUUACUAUUAUAUUACAAUACCAAUCUAAUUGAAAUCAAAUCUCUGCACUCACUCAUUUUUUAUUUAAAAAAUGAGCGGGUGCGGAGAUUUAAUUUUAAUUAGAUUGAUUACAAUAGAAAAAUAUACAUGUUCAUGAAAAUGUUAAGUAGCAGUAAUAAUAAUUUUAAGUUUAAUUGUCUCAUGGCAUGUUGAGGCAUUAUUUUUGCCAUUUAUUUAACUGAAAUUUGUGUAAUAGUUUAGAAUAACUAUCUAGCAUUAGAGUGCUUUAUUUUUGCAAGAAUACUCGAGACAUAUGUGUAUAUAAAUAUGUGGUACAUGCAUAUGUACAUGUAGAAUUUGAGUACGAUAAUUAUGUAAUUAAUAUGGUAGUAAAAAAAUUUCAUUUUGAGGUGCAAGUACAUUAUGUGUUUCUUACCUUUUAAUUUAUUAGGUUUUAAUGAUAUUACAUCAAGGUUUUCAUUAUUUUUUGUGUGUAAUUUGACAGAUCAAUAGCCCCAAAAUGUUCUAUCUUUUAUGAUUUUUUUUUUUUUUAGAUUUCAGUUUAAUGCAAAUUAUACCAUGCUUUAAUUAAGUGAACUAUUGUUAGGCUUAAAUAUAUUUUUAUAAAUGGAUUCAAAUAACAAGUUAGAAAAAAAUUGUCUGAAUUUUUAAUUGUUUUCAAUUGUUUGUUAACUUAUGUGGUAAAAUAUAUUUAACAUGUAUGACAUGGUAAUUGUUUGACUGAUAAAGAUGACACAUAACCUGGUGACAUCCCUAAUGUAUAAACAUGUACAGAUCAUGCAGUCUUUCCCAAGCAUUAUUUAUGAAGAAAGUUCCAUUUUACAUAGCAUGGUGUUCAGGGUGGUAAAAGUGCAAUAAAUUAAUGUGUAUCAUUUUUAUUGAAAUCCAUAUUUUUAUCACUAAAAGACAUGGCCAGUCUGGCUUGUUGACAUCACUUGGUACCAGUUGUAAACUUUAAAAAAAAAUUGUAAGAACUAUGAAGAUUUUUUUAAUGAUGUAUGAAAAAUAUUGCCACCAUGGUAUAUCACUGUUUGUUCUUAUGAUCACAUGAACUUAUAUGGAAGAAUAACCUCUAAAACAACUCAGCUAUCUAAUGAUAUAGCCAUUAGUGAUGACUAAUAUAGUUUGCAUUACUGGUACUUAGAUGGUAUCCUACAGUCCCUAGUUUUACAAAAGUGUUUGGUGAAUUUGUAUAAUAUAUACAUGUACUAUUUAUUUAAAUGUAAUAUUUUGAGACAUAUUUUUUUACGACAGUCUUUAUUGGUGCACAUUUAAAUUUUUAGUUCAUUAAAGUUGAUAAAACUUUGAUUCUUUUGUAAUUGAAAUUUUAUUAUCAGAUGCUACUUUUUUUUCAAUGUUUACUAAUGGCACAGGUUUAGAAAAAUCUUUAUGCAGUCCAUUUAAAAAAAAAUAAAUGCAGGUAAAUAAGCUCAUAUCUUCAUAGAUUAUUAAAUUAUUAAGAUUUGCAACACACAUGAAUGACUGUUUACUGUACAUGACUACACCGUAUAUAAUGUAUGAGUGUGACCAGGGUUUCUGGUAUUGGAGGGCACUUUCCUGAUUUAUGAAAAAAUAUAAUUGUGGUGAAAAAUAAUUCAUUUUGGAUCAAGAAAGUGGCACAAAAAUUUAGGAUCAUUUAGUUUUUAUUUAGAUGAUGAGACAUGAAAGGGAAAAAAAACAAGUAUCUAUUAUCAGCUGAUUGUAACCAUUUGUUGCCUUGAUAUGUACCAUUAAGAAAACUAAAUCAUUUCUAUGUUUCCUUACAAAACUAACAACUAUAUAUUGGAAUAUUAAUCACUCCAAAUAUCCAAGACCAAAAAGUCGAAAAAUAAUACAGAAUCCACAGUUAAGCUGCUUUACUGCCUAGUUAUUAAAUAGUGGAUCAAAAGAUUUUCAAGUGGCUAAAAAAUAUUGUGUUUCAGUUUGGCGAAAGUUUAGGCCACAAAAAUGUCUUACCCAGAGGAAACCCUGAAUGUGACUGACAGAAGAAGUUGCUAUAGAAGCAUCUAAUGAUUUCAUUUUAUUUGUACAUAUCAUUUGUGCAUGUAGAUGUUAUCACAUUUAUUAUACUUUCAUCAAUUCUGUAUCUAAGUGAGUCAUCUAUUUUAAUAUUAACUAUAUAGUCCCAUGGUUAGUUGUGAAACGACAUCAGUUACGUAAUUAUUUUUAUCACACAUUUAGUGUUUAUAUAUCAAUUUUGUCUGUGUUAAAUGGCCAGUAAUUAACAUGCUAUAUCAGGCCUGGUCCACUGUUUAGCUGUAUUUGUUUCAGCUCCUGCAAGUAUUAUCAUACUCAUCUGAUGAAAACACAAUAAGUUAAUCCAAACUGAUAUUCGUAUCAUGCCAUGCUUAUGGCGUCAUAAUAUGUCCAAGAUCCAUACUUCAUAUUUUCCAUUUUGUUCCAUUGGCAAAGGGAAUGUACAAAUUUCAGUAUGAUGAGAAAGAAUCUAAGACAGACAUUCUGUGUCGUUUAAAGUUAAUAGGUUAAAUAAAUUGUCAUUAAUGCCACUUGCACAGUAAAACAAAAAUAUAUUGGUUACAUUUGUUAAAAAUGAAAAUUUUUUACAUUUGAAAUAUAUAACAAAGAGACUGUGGGACACUGUUUUGCAUAACAAUAUAUACAAAGUGGAAUUUUGAGCCUUAAGCAUUUAUUUAUUAUUAUUGCCUUAUUUCAUCCAUCAUACUUGCUGUAGAUGUGUCAGUUUAUCGGCUUUUACAAAUGAAGUCUUUUCCCCAGUCAACAAUGAUGCUACAUCAGAUUCUUCAUAUUCUUCCAGCGAUGUUUUGCCAUCAUCGUCACUUUCGUCUGAAGAAUCCUCUGUUUCAGGAGUGCAUUUCCUCAUUUUAAAAAUCAUGUUUGUCAGCAAAAUUGAAGCUACUUGUGGCUAGCAUCCUUUUGAUAGCCAAUUUUAGACCAAGCCUUACACUAAGCUAUGCUAUUGUUUUAAAGUCAUGUUGUAACAAGUUUUAACUAAAAUCACUUUGAUCAUUCUGCUUAUUUGAAGUGGAAGCCUCAACUUUUGGUGAUGGGUUGCCAGACAAUUGCUUUUCAUCUUAUGUGCAUUUUUAGAAUUGAAUUGAAAAUAUAUACCGGUACUUAAAAUGUGUAGUGACUGAAAAUGUAUUCAUAUUUGAACGAAGUGUCAGCAUUUAUAAAUAUAUAAAACUGGGUCUGUAGAAAGAUAAUACAUGUAUUAAUCAUGAACAUAAUGUAGAGAAAUAAGGACACUUGUAAUCGCUUUAAAAUAAGAAGAACAAUUAAAUCAUUCUUAGGCACACACACCUCACAUGAUUUCAUUAUGAGAAAGAAAAUAGUGUACAUAUGUCUAAUAGGAUCAGUGGUCUCAGAUUUUGUUAUAUUUUACCUUUAGUUAUUUUAGUCAUUAGGAUAUUAAGUACUUACAUUCAUAAAGGUAUUUUUGUUUAGAAAAUGUCAGUGUUCUUGACUUUUCUUUCAAAAUUUGUACUAGAACACCUGUUAGGUAAAACUAUAUAGACAUUGAAGUAUAUCUUUGAAAAUAAUGGUUUUUAACAUUGAUUUUUAUGGCCUCUCCGACUUAGGUCAGGGACAUAUAGUUUUACCCUUAUCCAUCAUUCUGUCAUUCUUCAACAAACAGUUAUACAGACUUUUUUUUCUAAACGCCUUCAUAUAUUGAGCUGAUUUUUAGUAUGUGAGUCUUGUAUGAUGAGUUACAGAUCGAUUUAUUUUUGAUCACGCACCGCUGAUUUUUGCAGAAUUUAGGGGCUUUGGACUUUGAAAAUUUCAAAUCCUAAAAAAUGGUUUCAAGAUUUUUUUUUUGCGAGCUGGGCCAUUCGUGUUGAAAACUAGACAUGUCAUUCAGACACGUCUAGUUUUCAAUAGUUGUGAUUGCUUUCAUUAGAUAACUUUGUUCUGACAUUUAAAUGGAUGCAGAUUCUUGGAUAUUCACAUUACCUAAAGCUAAGUAAAUGAAUUUUUGUAAGCAAUUGUGUGAAGAAAAUUUAUUAAAUUACACACUGGCCAAACAGAACCUGUCAAAAAUAUAAUGGAAUACUUGUGUGGUGAUUAUGAUUUGUGCUGUGUAUUUAUCUUUUACUACAAAUUAACCUGUGUAAAACAUAAAAUUAUCAUGUGAUUAUCAUGUAAUUUUUGUCUCGCCUUGACGGAGUAAAAAAGCGAGACAUAGGUAUGCUGUUUCUAGCGUCGGCAGCGGGGGCGUCAACAAUGUAUAAGUUUGUCAUUAGGUCUAGUUUAUGGUGAACCACUAGUGGUAGGUCAAUGAUAUUUGGUAUGCAGUUGUAUUAGCAUUGGCACAUCUCAUAACCAUGAAGAUUAUUUGACCCCGCCCACUCAGUCAUGGUCUAUUGACUUUGAAACUUUUCUUAAUUAGUUUGUGAUUAGGUCAGUUUAUGGGGAACCAUUAGUGGUAGUUCAAUGAUAUUUUGUAUGCUGUUGUAUAAGCAUUGACAUAUCUCAUUUCCAUGAAGAUUUUUUGGCCCUGCCCCCUCAGUCAUGGUCUAUCGACUUUGAAACUUUGCUUAAUUUUCAUGUGUUAGUUUGUGAUUAGUUCAGUUUAAGAUAAACUACUAAUGUCAAUGAUAUUUAAGUUUCAUUUUUAUGGAGAGUAUAUAACCCCACCCCGUCAUUAUGGUUCAUUGACUUUGAAAUUUUUACAUAGUUUACAAGUUAAUGUUUGUGUUUAGGUUUGUUUAAACGGAAUGACUUAUGAAAAGUCAAUGGUAUUUGGUAUGUAGCUGUAUUAGCAUUGUCACAUCUCAUUGGAGAUUGUUUAGCCCUGUACCUUCAGUCAUGGUUAAUGACUUUGAAUAUUUGCAUAACUUACAUGUUAAAAUAUUGCUAUUUUAAUUUCAACAUUUGCAUUAUCAAAAUAACAAAUAGGCGAGACAUAUCUCUGUGUUAACAGUUUAUUAUACACUGUUGUCAAAGUACUACUUGUACUUCUGAGAUUCAUUUCAAGUAUAGUUUUUUAAUGGCCAUAAAACCAUUGUCUUUCAGCAAGUGCAAUAGACUGGUAACUUGAAGAUAGUUUUCUUGAGUAAUAAGUAAUUGCCCUCUUUGGCAGUUUGAAAUUCUGUUCUCAGCCUUAGUUAUUUCCCUUUUUGUAAGGGUUAAUAAUUAAUGAUAUUAGACAAGUUGAUGAUGAGGGUAUAAGAAAAAAUAAAAAUGGGCUCAUGGUGUGCCUGUUCCAAACAAUUGUUAAAAUGUUGAGUUUUUAUGCCCCACCGUAGGCAACGGGGGCAUUCAAUUUUACCCUUGACUGUCUUUCAGUCCAUUCGUCCCAUUUUCGUUUCCGCACUCUAACUUAAGUUUGCCUCAUUCAAAUUUUAUGAAACUAAUACACAAUGUUAAGAACCAAAACUCACAGACAGGGUUCGAAUUUAGGUAGUGAGUCACUUACUGUUCUAGAGUUAUGUGUCACCAAGGUCCCACAGAGCACUGUUAGAAAAGGGGGAGCUAACUCGUAUGUGCUGGAACCAAGGGACAGGGGGUCAGUCUAUCGCUAGACUUAAUGUUCUGAUAGGCAUAGCUAAAACGCAAGGAAGGUUUUCAUAAUUUAAUUAACGAUAACAAUUUAGAUGAAUGAUGAUAACAAUCAAUUAGUAAACAAUGCCAAAUAAUAAUAAUAAUUAAAGUACAAAGUAUCAAAUCUAAAUAUCAAAUCCAAAGUAAAACUAUUUCUCCUUACAAUGUAAAAUGUAAAAUAAAUGCCAAAACUACUAAAUCAUAAAAUGAACUUAAUCUCAAAAUCAAAAUGUAAAAGUCUCAAAAAUAAAAGAUUCUCAAAAGUAUUUUCCAAAGUUAAAUUAUGAGUCAGAGAUAAAUUUUGUCUCAACACUACACAGUCAACUGGUAGACUGGUAGACAGUCUUAUAGGUCCAGUAUCAUGACGUGAGUAGUGAGAGGUUACGCUUCCGAAACACUGACUGUUUUCUAAAAAAUUAUCAAAAAAUAAAAGGUGAGUCAAAAAUAACAUUUUUGUCUAAACACUACAAAGUCAACUGGUAGACUGAUCAACAGUCUUACAGAUCCAGUAUAGUAGACUUUAGCAGUGCAAGUUUAGGUUUCCGAAAGGUGACUGCUUUUCCUAAAUUUCACAACGCUAUUUAUACUAAAACCAAAAACUAAUCAACAUGACACAAUAUGUAAAUAGUACUCUCAUUAGCAAAAUAGAAUAUAAUUAAACAAAGCAAAAUCCCUUCAUGUUUUGAUAAAAACUUAAAAUAUCCUAGUGACAUGCUAAUUACAAUUAAUAUUUCAAAACAAAGUGCUUUGAGCAAACUGUGACAUUUCGAGUAUUAAUGCCACAGCAUAGGUAAAAAUCAAUUAAACCAAAAUUAAUUAAAAAUUUUACAAAAUACAAAUAUAAAUUUUUCUUUCUUAAAAUAAAACAUAUUUUUUAUCCAAAAUAACACUAACACAAAUAUAAGCCAAAUAACACACCAUGACAUAUGCCCUUUAUAACUGCGAAAAUUGCAUUUUUUUUGUUUCCGCACUCUAACUUAAGUUUUACUCAUCCAAAUUUUUAUGAAGCUCAUACACAAUGCUAAGAACCAGAACACGCAGACAGAGAGCAAAUUCAGGUUGGAAGUCAUUAACUGUUCUAGAGUUAUGCCCCUUUUUAACUUGGAAAAUUGCAAAGCUUGAGCGGGGGCAUUCAUGUCAUCAGAUACAUUCUUCUUUUAUCUAUAUACUAAUUUAAGUUAUCAUGAGAUAGUAUCUUUUUAAAUGAACAAUGUUCAUAGUUUUCACUGAAAUAUAUGACCUAAACUCAAAUCUACCGAGCCAAUAGAAAUAGAACAUAGGGGUAAGAUAAUAGAUUUUUUUGUCUUAAGUUAACAACUAUUUAGAAUUACCAGUAUCAGAGUAAAAUAUAUGAUAAGCUUAUUUUAAACACUCUUAUCAAAUAUAAAAUUAAUCUUGUUAUUGUAUUGGUGGGAUGCUGACAUUAUACCCAUCACUCUUAUUAUUCAUAUAUAAAAUCAUGCUAGUUCAGUAUUUUAAUAUAAUGCAGCUAGAUGGAGGGGUUGUUUUAAUGCUACAAUAUAACCUCAAGGUGUUUGUUAAAAUAAUUUGUUUUAUGUAAUAUUAAUCUCAGAAGAUGAGAGAUUUUAAUGUCAGAACAUGCCUUUGUUCCUUUUUAGUGUGAAUAAAACAUUUGUAUUUGGAUCUGAAAGAGUAUAAAUGUGAGAAUGUUAAUUGUUGUUAUAAAUUAUUUUGUAUGUUCUGUGAUAAAAAUUGAAUAAAAUUAUAUUUAAAACUUAAAA